AUGGAUUCAAGGGCCGACAGUAACACAAUCACGCAGCACUGUCACCAGCGACUGAUGAAAGAUGUGGAUGAGCUAGUCCGAAAGCCUUACCCAAACAUAGCUAUUCACGUAGCAGAUAAUGACCUGAAGCGGAUUUGCCUCCUCCUGUCUCCUGUGGGAUGGAAAAAGAUGCACCUGACCAUUGAGAAUCUUGGUCGGUACCCUCUUAAGCCCCCCAAAAUCCGAAUGGAUUCCGACGUCGAUCAUCCCAACGUUUUCGGUAAUUAUAUCUGCGCAUCGAUUCUGAAUGACUCCACCGCGUACACUCCAGCCUACACACUGAAGGGCAUCGCAAUCCAGUUGUUGAGCUUCUUUGGUAGCGACUCCAUCGAGCAACAAGGCGGUCAUUUUUCCUACGAUCUGCAGGAAUACAGGGCAUGGAACCCCAAUCAUGAUCAUCAUGUCUGUCAGAAGUGUGAGAGUGAAGUUAGCGUCACGUUGAGAGACAGGACUGACAGUCUAUUGGUCACAAGUAUGAGCUCGAUUAGCGGCAGAAACGGAAAGAAAAACAUCCACGGCAGCAGCAUCGACAACUUGCCUGAUGAGAUUCUACUGCUCAUCUUGAAUGGCAUAGACGACUUCGAGCAUCUGGCCAACUUUGCACGCGCUUGGUCUCACAUCAGUCGCCUCAUCGCUAACUUCGAUAUCGUUCGUCAACGCGAGUUGCAAUGCUUCACAUUGAAACAGAGUUACCACGAAGUCAAUCUUGGCGUCGGUGUGUCCUUUGAUCGCAGGAAUGGCCUUAACUCUGAGUUCGAUCUUCUGUCCCAACAAGCCUACAACGACCUCGGUGUUCGUCAGUCUGUACACAACAUUCCAUUUAUCUACUGGCUCCCGAUUCCUAUCUCCGAGCGACACUGGAGGCUUGUCAAAGACGACGCCGAUGAAACGUUAAUUCGAUUGAAGCAGCAUAUUAAGAUGGACAACCCAUCUAACCCUCAAGUUCUAUACUCCUUCAUGAAUGAUAUUGUAGUGAAACUCAACGAAGUCGCUGUGGAUUGGAGUGACCUGCAUGCCUCCAGAAGUACAUUGCGUCAUGCAUCUGAGAAGGCCAUCGACUCUUACUUCCACCUAUUCCACCUCCUGGUAUGCCUGGCAACCGAGAACCCGGCCAUUAUCAGCCAAGCCAAUCAAUUGAUUAACAACUUCAGUGAAGGCAAGCGAUCCAAGGGCGACUGUCCCAAUCUCGGUCACCUUCUCGUGGCCCUCCUGAUCAGCGAUGUUGAGAUUACCGAGCAGCUGACGAAAGCCAUCAUUACCGAGGCCAUCACGCGCAACGUGGUCUGGCUACUGGACAGAAAGGGCGGCAACAGCCCCGAGCUUUCGUACAUGGAGACGGAUGCCGUGUCCCAUUACCGGCUCGGCAAAGCCUUCGAAGGCUCUCACACGUCAUAUCGUUUGCUCAUGUUCUCUGAGCUGUUCCGUCGCAUGGCACGAAAUUCGAACGUUCCCCUGACCCAAGUCCGCGAUGAGCUCUUUGCUCGCCAUGGUGCCCCUCCUCCUGGUGCUUCCAAACGCAUGGCCGCAGAAGUACGUCGCUUGCAUACGGUGGACAAUUUCCACCAGUUCAUGCUUGAGAUGGGAAUUGAAACUUUCCCGAGCCUUGCUAGUUUCACGGAUGUGCUGCGCGAGACGAUGCGCGCUAGUGUGGCCAAGGGCUAUUCUAUCUGGGCCAUCAGUCAGGAGGAUGCUGUGUUCCUCCGCCUUGAGAAGGAGCCCGGCGUUGGUAUCCACCCGAACCUCGCGCACACAGUGAACAGCUCCAUGCCACCCUCAAGUUUGAAUUUCAACAACAUCACAUUCUUCCCUGCGGCCCAUAGAGGUCGUAAUAAAAGUGGAAGAGGAAAUGGCCGAAGUGGACGCAGAGGCCGCGAUACUUACCGAGGUGACUGA